AUGGAUUUAAUUUUCGAACCCCAGCCAGGAAGACCGUUCAUGAUCGAAGUAUGGUUCUUUGACACCGUUCUUGAGAUCAAACAGAAGAUUGAAAAAUACCAAGGCAUUCCCGUCUCGAUGCAAACCCUAAUCUUCAACGGCCAAACUCUUCCGGACGACGCCGACAUCGAGAAAUGCGUUCUCCUCAAUAACUCUCGCGUUCAGCUCCACAUCGCCGCCGAUUUCUUCAAGAACCUGCCCGGCAAGAUGACGGAGGAGUUUUCUCCCGCGCCAUCCACCGUGAAAUUCCUCGUCAACGUGAAAACCCCUUCGUCUAAGAUGUAUACCCUAGAAAUGGAUGCAAACGACACAGUCUUGAAGCUGAAAGAAAGAAUUCAAGAAAUCGAGGCCGUGCCGAUGAAUAACAAGCUAGUGGUCCAUUUAUCAGGUAAUGAAUUGCAUGAUAAUCAGAUGUUGCGGGAUUGUGAGAUCUGUGAAUACUCUGAGAUUGAGGUUAGUUUGAGACCAUUGCCUGUUGUGGUACCCGCGACGAGCAAUGGCAAUAAUAGCGGGGGAGGCGGAAGCGGAGGAGGAGGGGGAGGCGGCGGCGGAGGAGGAGGCGGGUCGAAGAAGUUGAGGGUGAUGGUUCUGACAAAGUGUGGGAAAAAGAAGAUACCAGUGGAAGUGAAUCCAAAUGAUAACGUGGGAGAGCUAAGGAAGGAGCUUCAGAAGUUGCACCAGCGGAAUCAACUUCCUCUUCCUUCUGACGGUUAUUUCUUCAUUUACGGACAGAAUGUGAUGGACGACGAUCAGCCUUUUCGAUGGCACCAUGUUGCUCAGGGCGACACCAUCGAAAUCUUCAAUGGAAGCGUUACUGGUGGUGCAUCUUAG